AUGCGUGCAAAAUCUAUUAUUUUUUACCUAACAUAUGUAUGUAAAAAUGUUUCUUGCAAAGCGACAAUAAAAAUCAUUGGUGGACAUCCUAUUAGUAUGAAACAACGACCAUUCAUGCUUUCUUUGCACAAUUCUGAUGGAUUUAUAUGCGGAGCUAGUAUUUUGUCCAAAAAUUGGGGUAUCACUGCUCUUCAUUGUCUACUUCCAGAUAGAGAAACAAAUUAUUUCGUGAGAGCUGGCUCGAACAAGCUUUACCAAGGGGGAUCGUUGCAUAAAUUAACAAAGAUAUACAUGUAUAACAAUACCAUGUUCCAAUAUUGGUUCUCGAGUAUACUGUAUCACGAUAUAGCGUUGUUCGAGGUACGACCUCGCUUUCGAUUCUCGAGCACUGUUCGAGCUGUUCGAUUGCCCACCGAAUUCAGCAAACCACCUCAGCAACUGUGUGUUUGCGGUUGGGGUUAUACCAGUGUCCAAAGUAACGCGAAAAUUAGCGAUGUUUUGAUGGGAAUCUGCAUUCGCCACACACCAUACGAGGCAUGCAUAGAGGAAACUCCAGAAUAUAGAAUGCUCGUUAAGAAGGAUUACCAUCUUUGUUACGGAGCGAGUGGAAAGGAUUCUUGUUACGGGGAUUCCGGAGGUCCGUUGGCAAGUAAAAACACCCUUUACGGUAUCGUCUCUUUCGGUCAAAAUUGCGCCAUAGUGUCAGGAGUGUACACAAAAGUCUCUUACUACAGACGAUGGAUUAAGCAAAUCACGAAUCUGUAA